UUUUUUUUAGAAAAUCCUGAAAAUGGUGGUUUGGUUGAAAGGAUGUAAUAAUAAAAAGGAGGAUGGUAUAGCAAUAGCUUCCACUUCUAGUGACACAAAAAGCGAAAAAAUGGUGGCAACUAACAUCAACACUGCUGCUAGAAAGGCAAUUCUUGAGGAACGUAAAAAGCAGAUUGAGGAAAAAUUGGUCAAAUUCAAUCACGACCUGAAACAAUUAUGUAUUCAAGAGGCCGAAUUAACUGGAAUUACUCCAUCAGAGAUGCCUUUAGAAUACGGCGAAAAUCCUCCUACUAUAAGAAGAAAAGUGAUGACUGCUUACCAAUUAAACGAGAACUUAUUGAAUAGUAAUAAAGACCAGUUGAUAGCACAUUUAGAAUUGGAACUUCAGCUACAUAAAAAUUUGCGAGAUGCUGCCCUGGGACUAUCUGAGGAUAGAAACAUGAGAAAGACUGUAAAAAGACACCAUCGUGCCGAGUAUGCAAAACAUAAACAUAUAGUGAAAACACUUGAAGACAAAUUAAUUGUGCUGAAAGACAAAGCAGCUGCUGAACAAAUUAUGUUGCAAAACAAAAAAUCAAAAAUGGAGCAACAAGAUGACAAUAUAUCAAUAAUGACAAAUGAAACUUAUUUAAAACAAGAAACCAAGAAUAGUCAGACAUCAAGCAAGCAUAGUUUAAAUAUGCUCAGCCCAGCGGACACUUAUCCAGAACCUAGAUAUCCAUCUGCUAAUAGUUCAAGGCAAAUGCAUUACAACAGAAAUUCAGAAAAUCUUCAUUUUCUUUAUCCAAAGGCUGAAGAGGAAUUAACUUCUGGAUUUUAUCGCUUGAGUGUGAAUGCUUGCAAUGAUUAUAUUGACAGGCAGGACUCAAUGCCACAUUACAACUAUCAACCGCAAAAUUUGCUUUACAAUAAUGCUCAUGCCUCUUAUAAUCAGCAAUUGCUUAUGCAUCAGAUGACGUAUCCUCAGCAACAUAGCCCAUCAUCAGGAAGUCCUCAAAUGGCUCAACAUACUGCCCAUGUAUUGCAACCUGGACAAUACGUAUCCUACCAAAUACCAAAUUAUUCCCAGCUAAAUCCUAAAAUAUCCCAGCAUAGUCCUGGAUCCCAACACAGUCCAAUAUCUCAACACAGUCCACAGAUGCGAAGGGACAGUCCUCAGUUACCCCACAGUCCUUUGUCUCAGCACAGCUUAGCAAUGCAACGAGCCUCGCAGAAUUAUUCAAGAAUGAGCCAACAAUAUGUGCCGAUUCGUCAAUCUAGUCCUACAAUGAGUACUGGCAGCAAUGCAAAAGUCCAAUACUACGCGGCACAUCACACUAGCUAUGCUGAGCCUGCGUUCAAUAGAUUUACAGGUGAUGGAAGUACAACGUAUAGAAAUACCGUAGAUGCUGGUGCAUUCAAAAGUCCACAUCCUUUGCAACCACAUCAGCAAUACGAGAACAAUGGGAUGCAUCCUGGAUUGGGAGGUUGUUGGAAACGAUCGGAAAGUGGAGAGCUGUUUUGGGUUUACUCUUCUAAUACUCUGGAUAGUAGUUGGCAAAGAGACAAAAGGUUUGGAAGCUUAGAUAGAAGAAGAAAUAAAAGGGUACAGAGGAAAAUAUCACCAGUUGAUAGCAAAUCAGCCACUUUAGCUACAAUGCCGGCCCAUAAUGAUCAAGUUAAAACCGCCUUUGUUAAACCGCCACAGGUAACAACUAGAAGAUCUCAAGAUCACAGACAAUUGGUACGAACUCAAUCACUUGGAAGUGUAGGCCAGACAAUUGAUAGUGUUUAUCCCAGUGAUGAUACUUCUUCAUGUGAAAGUGAUAACCGCAGUUUCAAGGAAAAUGCAGGCGUCAGAAAGCAUAAGGAAAAAGAAUGGUUGGAAACAUCACUAGAUGGCCCUAUAUCUCCUACUCAUUCCAUUAUAUCCCGUCCACAGUCAACUGUUCCCACUACAUUGGCUCCGGAAGAAAAAUAUAUUUCUCACACACCACCUCCGCCGCCGCUCCAUCGUUCUCCUGCAUUGUCCCCCCAUUCAAGCCCAUCGCUCCACUCAAUCCCCUUUCAAAAUGUCUCUCAUCAUGUGGCCCAUCCAUUGCAAUCACCGUUAUCACCCAAACCUCUACUAGAAAUACCUGCGGAGUCAAAUCCUUCGCCCAGAGUACCUGAACCGCCUAAUAUGGAAUUAUUGAAUAACAAUAUUUUGAGAAAUUGCACUGUAGUGCAAGCAGGAGUUGUUAAACCGUACCACGAGGAAACCAAACCUUUCGAGAUGUCCGAUUUUUAUAAAUAUUCAACCAAGUUUAAGAAGUCGCCCCAAAAAGAGUCUGGAAGGAACUUGAAUUUAAGUCAGGUGUCGAGCGAAAUAAUCUGCCAAAAGAAUUUGAGUGAGAAUUUCGAGGAUGCAAGGAAUAUGAAUAAUUGGCAUCCUGGAAGAGUACCUCAAAGGUAUAUACAGCACAAUCCUGCUAAAGAAUCAACGCAAACUUCCAGUCUAAACAACAGUUUUGAACUGAGCCCAGUAGCUGUAUCCGAACAGUUUUCUGAAGAAAUGAACACCUGGUAUGAAAAUAAGGAACAAGAAAAUGACAAUAACAACACUAGACCGUCCCAAAGUCGAUCUGGUGCUACUUUAGUUUAAUAAGUCUUGAUUUGUUUUCACUUUUCAUACAGCAAAUUGUGAUGAAUAUUGAUAAAUUUGUUUUAUUGUAUUUUUGAAAGCCUCAUUUCAUUUGUUCCACCUGAAAGUGCCUUGUAUCAAAUUAGUAUGGAAAGUGAUUUAAAAUCAGACAAUGCAAUUUCAAAAUAUCAGUUUCUACGAUUUAUUUAUAUGAUCUUAUUUUAUUUAAUUUUACCCCACAUGUAUGUAUUGGUAUGCAGUUUCAUUAAUUUCUUUUCGUUUUCUAAAUAACUUUAAUUUAUUGUUUAUUUAUUUUCACUCCAUGCUCAAGUAGAAAAUAUAUUUUGUUAUUGCACAAAAAAAAUACAAUGGGGUUCUUUAUUGUCUAUACAUAAAAUUUUGAUACUACCUGUUUGAAUGGGGAAUAGCCUUCAAUAUGAGCUGGCCUCCUAGCUUUGGGGUUUUCUCGGUCAUUGAUUUGAAAAAUAAGAAGCAGAGAAAGGAUAAUAAAGAAUCUCUUAGUAUAAUGAAAAGUACAAUGCAAUAAAAUGUUAUAAAUUAUAUAUUUUAAAUAUUUAAGUAUGACUGUCGGAUAUUUAAAGACAAAUUGUUUUAAUAGUUUUUACAAAAAUGUUAUAUGUUGUAAAAUAUUUUUUAGGUUUAAAAGAAGCACCAAAAUAUCUUGAAGAAAAGAUUUUUAUUUAUCAUAAAAUGAAAUUGAGCUUUAAGUUUUAUUUUAAGGCUCUUGUACAUACUGUAUUUUUAUAAGAUGUAAAACGUUUUGUUUGAUAAUAUUUUUUCUGGCUGGAGUUUUAGGGAAAAAUAAGGCUUUAAGAAAAGUUUUAGACGAAUCUGUUGAACUUUUUCAAAGAUCAAGGAAGUGCAAAAUUUUUCUUCCAUUGCAACGUUUUCAUCAAGUUCAAACAAAUAAUAAAAUUGUGUCGAAUGAUAAUAUAUUGUUCCAGAAAUAUAACGUUUUACCUAUUUAGGUGUUAGCAUUUUCUAUUUUUUUAUAAUUUAUCGUUCAUGGAGAAUGAUCUGGAAUGGUUUAGGGCAAAAUUUCCUGUAGCAGCCUAUUGUUCUGAUAACUAGAAUUUAUUUAUUUCGUUUAUUGUUAGCUAAGGCUCAUACAGUAGCAUUAUUAUAUUUUGAAUCAUUCUCCCAAUCAGAUUUUAGCUUUUAUAUUUUUAUUCACCUAUUUAAGUUUAUGUUUUCUUUAAUACUUGAUCUCAAACCACAAUGUGAUAAAGUCAAUUGAACAUUUUUUGAUUUUUUUACAUUGGAGGUACAAAAUCUGUCUCAAAGUAGUCAAGAAUUUAACUUUGGUCUGUUCAUAGUUUUUAAUUUAAAAAAAAUCUAUGAAAAGUGACAUAUUUUCUUGAAGACUCGUGCAAAUACACAAAAACAAAAAAAUUAUAAAUACCCUCAUUUCUGACUACUUUGAUACCUACCUUUAAUAAAAAAAUCAUUUUGGCAUUCCUAUGUUUUAGUGCCUUACAAAAAUUUCCCAUGCAGUUAAGUGGGAGGUUGUGACUUUAGCAGUAUAUCAAACUUUGAAGGACCAAAGGAACGAAUAGUUUUUCUAUUAGUUACUUGAAUUGUACCUAAAUAAAGCAUAUGUUUUUUUUUUUCUAA